ACUUCUGUACAAACUCUCGAUAUUACAUAGCAGGGGGAUGUCAAAGGUGUUUUCUCUUCACCGUUCUCUUGUGCUCGCUGGUUAUUGCGGCAGUAGCUGCUUGCUUAAAGAUUCCAUAGGCUCAGACCUGGGAACUGGUGAAAUCUCCGACUAUCAUCUGUGGAUAUAUAAUGGGUUUUUGGUGCAUAAUUUUUGGUCCUUGAAUGGGAUUUUAAGAGACGACAAGAGAUGUAUGCUGGUCCUUUUGAAGGGGUAGAUGGUUGUGCUUAUGGUGUGAUAAAUGCGUCUUUCCUUUUUUCCUUAGGUGAAUGGUAUGUAUUUUGGAUGGUGGUGCUAACUUGGGGAUCUGCAACCUUACACCAGUAAUAUAGUACUGACUAAUCUCCUAGAGGCAAUGUUCAUGCAUGUGUGCCACUUCACUUUUAUCGCAUUUGUUUGUAUUGUGGCCUUGAUCUCGACAAUGAAAGGCAAAGACUCUGGACGAAGCUGCAAAAUCUUAUGCUCAUUUCUGAGGCAUGAAUAGAGCGUGAAGUUUUUCUUUUCCCCUGGAGAUCUUGAGGCUUUAUCAUCAAGCAAUGAUUGUCUCAGCUCUAUUAACUUCUGUGGGCAUCAACCUUGGUCUUUGUGUUUUAUUUGUCACAUUAUAUUCUAUCCUGGGGAAGCAACCCAGCAAUGUCAGGGUUUAUGCACCUCGCCUAGUUGACAAAGGUGAAGAAAGGCCCUUCAAUUUGGAGAGGUUGUUGCCUUCUGCUGGUUGGUUGAAAAAGGCAUGGGAGCCCUCAGAGGACGAGCUCUUGUCCCUUGCAGGCUUGGAUGCUGUUGUUUUCAUGCGUAUCUUCAUCUUCAGUCUGAGAAUAUUUUUAAUUGCUGGGAUCCUGGGAAUCUUCAUUCUUCUUCCAAUAAAUUAUUUGGGGAAGCAACUUGAGGAUGCGGACUUUGCUGAUAUUCCUAAUGCGUCCCUAGAUCUAUUUAGCAUUUCAAAUGUGGGAGAUCGAUCCAAAUGGUUAUGGAUCCAUUUUGUUUCUGUUUAUGUUAUCACGGGGUCUGUUUGCUACCUUCUAUAUGUUGAGUACAAAUAUAUUGCCACCAAGAGGCUCUCCUACUUUCUUUCUUCUCAACCGCAGCCUCAUCACUUCACCAUUCUUGUUCGUGGCAUCCCUUUAAAGGAAGGCAAUGAUUUGAGUGAUGUUGUUGAGAAUUUCUUCACUAAAUAUCAUUCUUCAACCUACCUCUCACAUCAAGUUGUUUGUCGGACUGCUAAGCUUCGCAACCUUAUUGAUAAUGCAAAGAAUCUGUACAGAAGGCUUAAGCAGUACAAUUCAAGACCCCAUUCUCAACAAAAAUUUGACCGAGUUGGAUCUUUUGUGUUGUUUGGAAAAAGGGUUGAUCCCAUUGAUCAUUACAAAAAGAAGUUGGAAGAUGUGGAACAAAAUGUACGGGUUGAACAAUCUAUAGUUUCACAGAAAGGAAAGGAAGUUCCAGCUGCAUUUGUUUGUUUUAGAACACGAUAUGGUGCUGCAGUGGCUUCCUGCAUGCAACAAUCGAAUAAUCCCACAAAUUGGAUAACAGAGCCAGCUCCUGAACCUCAUGAUGUUCACUGGCCAUUUCUUUCUACAAAUUUUCAACAAAGGUGGUUUUCAAAGCUGGUAGUAAUUGUCGCCUCUAUCUUUAUAACUGUCAUCUUCCUUAUUCCAGUUGUAUUUAUUCAAGGCCUUGCAAACCUGAACCAAUUAGAGACACUGUUCCCUUUCUUGCAAGGGGUUUUAUCAAUAACAUUUGUAAGCCAAGUAAUUACAGGCUAUCUUCCCAGUCUUAUACUGCAUUUGUUUUUAUUGGCUAUACCUCCUAUUAUGAAGACGUUUUCAUCCAUGCAAGGAUAUUUCUCCUGUAAUGAAAUAGAGAAAAGUGCUUGCAGCAAAGUGCUCUGGUUUACUAUCUGGAAUAUUUUCUUUGCAAAUGUUUUUUCUGGAUCUGCUCUCUAUCAGUUUAACAUAUUACUCGAUCCAAAGUAUAUUCCAAGGAGGCUAGCAGUUGCUGUUCCAGCACAGGCAUCAUUUUACAUCUCCUAUGUAGUGACUGGAUGGGCAAGUCUAUCAUCAGAACUCACCCGUAUAUUCCCACUGAUUGGAGAUUGCUUUGAGAGGCAUUGUUCCAAAAAAUCUGUUGAAGAAUUUGACCUGCCAUCGAUUGGUUACCACAAGGAAAUUCCUAAGUUUCUCCUAGUUGGACUUCUCGGCAUGACUUAUUUCUUUCUAGCACCAAUAAUCUUGCCUUUUAUCUUGGGCUACUAUUGUCUUGGUUACAUCAUCUACCGUAACCAGUUGUUGAAUGUUUAUUCACCCAAGUUCGAGACUGGAGGAAAGUUUUGGCCUAUUGUGCAUAACUGCACAAUAUUUUCUUUGUUCGUAAUGCAAGUAAUUGCAGUGGGUAUAUUUGGGCUGAAGAAGAUUCCACUUGCAUCAAGUUUGACAGUGCCUCUUCCUGUGCUCACACUUCUGUUCAAUGAAUAUUGCAGGAAACGCUUCUUGCCAAUUUUCCGUGCAUAUUCUGUUGAGAGUUUGAUAACAAGGGAUCGUGAAGAUGAAAAGAACAUGGAAAUGGAUCAAUUUUACAAUAAGUUGGUAAAUGCAUAUCGUGAUCCAGCUCUUCUACCAAUCCAGUUCUCUAAAAGCGAACAUGGGAAUACAACACCGCUUCUUCACUCCGUGGAAGUCUGAGAGUACCUCUAAACACUGCUAUAAAACUGUUACAUAUCAAAAGAAAAAGAGAAAAAAACUCUUAAGAGUAGGAGGGGUUACUUUGCUGUAUGGGGUGUUGUACACUAUAUUUGUUUAUUUUAGUGAGUGCCAGCAUGUGUUUACAUCAUACAACUGAAAGUAGUUUUGAAAUCUUCUGAUAUAGUUUGUUGGAGUGGAAGAUUGAGGGCCGUCUUUUGAGAGGCUGGAUCAGCUCAGCUGCCUGCUUUGCCUUAGUUGUUGUCUACUGGCCUGACUAUGGGGUGUUGUACACUAUAUUUGUUUAGUUUAGUGAGUGCCAGCAUGUGUUUACAUCAUACAACUGAAAGUAGUUUUGAAAUCUUCUAACAUGGUUUUUUGGAAUGGAAGAUUGAAGGCCGCCUUUUGAGAGGCUGGAUCAGCUCAGCUGCCUGCUUUGCCUUGGUUGUUGUCUACUGGCCUGCCUAUGCAUGGCUCUAGGCCUUGGCAUAAAUGUUGUGUGAUUUCAGGUUUCCAUUGAUGUGUUUCAUGGAGGUGUGCGAGUUGAGUCCUUAGCGAUCUUCAGUCGUGAUUCUGAGGAAGCUCAUGAGAAGCCUGCAAAAGAAAUAGAAUGCCAAGAAUAUGAGAGCAGAGGUAAGGUGUAAGCUUUUUAUAUUUCCCCUACUGUAUAGAAGAUAUAUACUCUUUUUAUUCAGCAUUCCGAUCUGAAUGAACGAUUAAGAUGGAUCCAAUUACAAU